AUGAUUUCCACUCGGAACAUCCUUGCUCAAUCUCAGAACUGCAGGUCUAGGAACCUCUUCUCAGCCCUUUCCGUAUUACCCCGGCCUACUUACGCAAGAGCGAUGUCGGCGACAGCUCCGCGACCCGAUCCCUUUCGCCCCGCCAAGCGGGUGGCAGGACAGCGCCAGGAUGUUUGGUCGAUCGUCAACGAAGCUGCGGCAGCUUCGCCAGUUCAGCCGAUUGUGAACAUGGGCCAAGGGUUCUUUGGUUAUAACCCUCCCAAGUUCGCUCUGGACGCUGCGAAGGAUGCGCUAGACCGAGUGGAAUGCAACCAAUACUCUCCGACGAAGGGCCGACCCCGUCUCAGACAGGCUAUCGCGGAUGCUUACUCGCCCUUCUUUGGCAAGAAGCUGAACCCCGAAACCGAGGUCUCUAUCACAACUGGCGCAAAUGAAGGCAUGCUCAGUGCCUUCAUGGGUUUCAUCGAGGAUGGUGACGAAGUCAUUAUCUUUGAGCCCUUCUUUGAUCAAUAUAUUAGCAACAUUGAGAUGCCCGGCGGUACUAUCCGCUAUGUCCCCCUUCACCCGCCCAAGGAUGGUGCCACCAAAACCUCUCCUGCAUCGGAGUGGACUAUUAACUUUGAGGAGCUCGAAAGUGCCAUGAACCCCAAGACAAAAAUGAUUGUCCUGAACUCUCCGCACAACCCCGUCGGCAAGGUCUUCUCACGUGAAGAGCUUGAGCGCAUUGGCGAACUUUGUGUGAAGUACAACCUUAUCAUCUUGUCUGAUGAAGUCUAUGACCGUCUCUUCUAUGUUCCCUACACUAGAAUUGCUACCCUGUCCCCAGAGCUGUACGAGCGCACUUUGACCGUGGGCUCAGCCGGCAAGGCCUUCUACGCCACUGGUUGGCGCGUGGGGUACCUCAUUGGCCCUGAACACCUGAUCAAGUACGUGGCUGGUGCGCACACCCGUAUCUGUUACAGCAGUGUGUCACCUCUCCAGGAAGCUGCUGCUGUUGCUUUCGAGCAGGCAGAAAAGGAGGGCUUCUGGGACGAGAGCCGAACAGAAAUGAAGGGAAAAAUUGAGCGGUUCUGCGAGGUCUUUGACGAGCUUGGUAUCCCGUACUCUGACCCUGAGGGCGGAUACUUUGUGCUUGUCAAUAUGGCCGCUGUGAAGCUCCCGGCUGACUAUCCAUUCCCGCCCCAUGUUGCUAACCGUCCUCGUGAUUUCAAGCUCUGCUGGUUCCUCAUCCAGGAGGUUGGCGUGGCUGCUAUUCCUCCCACUGAAUUCUACACUGAUUCCAACGCCCACAUUGCUGAGGAUUAUCUCCGCUUUGCGGUGUGCAAGAACGAUGAUGUUCUUGAGACUGCCAAGGAGCGCUUGAGAGGGCUGAAGAAGUAUAUCACCCAGUAA